GAAGAAAGGAGGUGGUGCUGCUGCUCCUUCCUCCGUGUGAUCGGGGCUGGGGUUGAGCAGCUUCUGCUCCCGGGUCUAAUGCACCGGAAAGUGCCACUAGCAGAGCUCGGGACUAUCCCAGGGGGCGAGUCCUAGCCGCUGUAGACAGCUGGGAGCGGGGGCGCGGGAGGACGGAGGUAGGAGUAGCUGGGAGGAUGGGGGGGUUGCAGGCACAGGAAGGAGCUGGGGGGUGCUGGGAGGAAGGAGGCGGGAGCCGGGAGCACAAAGAACCGGGAGCAUCAGCCCCGGGCAGCUCCUGAGAAACCAGACGGUGCCGCCUCCAUCGGGAGCUGGAAGCUGAACAGCUGCUGCUUCCCCAGCGGGGUCUGUGCGGAGGGAGCCCGGCAUUAACCCCUCUAGGCCUGGCCGAGUGGCGGGGCUUCUCUGGCAAGUAACCGCCCCGGACUCUGCUGAGGGCAACUCCCGAGCUGAGACUCCAGGCUGCAGACUGAUGCCUACGUCUUGCUCCAGCUCAUCCCAGCCUCUCAUGGGACAGGGAAGAGAAAUGGCUGCUGUGGAGCCAGCUCAGGGGCCGGUGACCUUCGAGGAGGUGGCUGUGUAUUUCACCAGGGAAGAGGGGGCUCUGCUGGACCCCACUCAGAGAGCCCUCUACAGAGACGUCAUGCAAGAGAACUAUGAGACUGUGACCUCGCUGGGGUUUCCAGUUUCCAAACCCUCUGUGAUCUCCCAGCUGGAAGGAGGGGAAGAGCUGUGGGUCCUGGAUUUCCACGAUUCAGAGGAAAGCGAGAUCCCGAGAAGUCCCUGCACAGGCUCUGUUAAGGGGAGGGCAGGAGAGCAGCAGUUCCUGAUGCCUCAGCACAGCCCAGCAGGUGAUAGGGUGGUGAGGGAGAACGAGGAGCAGAAUGCUCACCAGGAAGAUGCUGAGCUAGCUGAAGCACAUGGGGAAUUACUGCGAAGAUCCAAAGGGAAUGUGUCCAGCCCCCGUGAGCAGGGAAAAGCUGGUGAAAGAUACCACAGACCAGAGAGAGAGCAGGGAAACCACUCAGAGGAGAGAGUGGACGAACCCAUUAAUUGUCAGAGAACUUACAGGGACCUCAAGGAAACUACAUCCCAGGAGAAAAUCCUCAGGAAAAAGAGAGCGAAUACAUGCAGUGAGUGUGGGAAAAACUUCAAUUACCGCUCAGCGCUUAUUCGACAUGAGAUAAUCCACACAAAAGAGAGACCCUAUGAAUGCUGUGAGUGCGGGAAAAGCUUCAAUCGAAUGUCAGUACUUAUUAGACAUCAGCGAAUACACAAAGGAGACAAACCCUAUGAAUGCUGUGAGUGUGGGAAGAGUUUCACUCAGAGAUAUGCCCUUAUCUCUCAUCAGAGAAUCCACACGGAAGAGCGACCCUAUGAAUGCUGCAAGUGCAGGAAAAGCUUCACUCAGAGAUCAGCCCUUAUCUCUCAUCAGACAACGCACACGGGAGAGCGACCCUAUGAAUGCUGCGAGUGCGGGAAAAGCUUCGCUCAGAGCUCAAACCUUACUACACAUCAGAGGAUCCACACAGGAGAGAGACCCUAUGAAUGCAGUGAGUGCCGGAAAAAUUUCACUCACCUCUCUUCCCUUAUCUCUCAUCAGAGAGUCCACACAGGAGAGCGACCCUACACAUGCUCUGAGUGUGGGAAAAGCUUCACCCGAAGCUCAAACCUCACUACACAUCAGAGGAUCCACACAGGAGAGAGACCCUAUGAAUGCAAUGAAUGCCGGAAAAGUUUCACUGACAUCUCCUCCCUUAUCUCUCAUCAGAGAGUCCACACGGGAGAGAAACCGUAUGAAUGCAGUGAGUGUGGGAAAAGCUUCUCUCAGAGCUCAACCCUUAUUACACAUUACAGAAUCCACACCAGGCAGAGACCCUAUGAAUGCUCCGAGUGUGGGAAAAGCUUCACUCAUAGCUCAGGCCUUCUCUGUCAUCAGAGAAUCCAUAAAGGAGAUAAACUCCAUAAAAACCUUCUCUAGAGCUGUCAGAACAUUUUUUUUCUAAAUUCUUUUGACAGUUCUCAGGUAGUGAUCUUCAAGGCUGCCUGCAUCUUUUGCACACUUUAGUCCCUCAGCUCCCACACAUGAGUUACCCACUUUUGAAGCCUUCCUGUCUUUGGGAUGGAUCCUGUGGUCCUUUCAGUCAACUCCAUCGUCCUGUAAGUCAUGAGUGGGUGUUCUUUCUGCCAGGAAUGUCCGUCACCCCAAGUUGGGGAAAUAGAGAGUAUCUUCAACCAGCUACAUAGAGGUAAAAUCUACCUGGGCCUCAUCACUGUGGUUGUCAUGGAGUUUGCUAGCUUGAGUUCAUUUUCCUGAUGUAAAAACGCAGCUAUUCUUGCACUAAAGACAUGGACCAUGGAUAGUGGUUGGGAUUAUCUAGCACAUUUCCUCCUGGUCUGACCUAACCACCAUCACAUUUCCUUGUCUAAACAAACCUGAAGAUUGACAUUUAUACUCCUCCUCCCAGUGCAAAGUUAUUGUUAGAGACGUCAGGUUCCUCUUUGAGGACAGAUUGUCUCAUUCCCAGUUGUUCUCACAUUAACCUGGAUCAUGCAGAACAGCAGCUAUUUUGUUGACCAUUUUUCUCAUUUAAAAUAUAUUUUAAAAUAAUGAAGAGCCAGAGCAGUGUCAGGGAAAUAAGGGUCAUUUCAGGCUCUGUGACACUGGAAGGAGAUGGAGUGACUCAGACAUUCCGUACUUCUCUAUCAUCCCAGAACUGUUACCUUGUGUCUGAGCCAUGCACAGUUCACCCCUUCAUAUUCCUUCACUUCCCAACGUGUCUGGUGAGGUAGUAUUCUUAGCUAUCCAUGCUUGGGAAUGGUGCUUGGAUGUCUUUGAUCCUAAAUCAGAGUCAGUCUGGCAGAAGAUGAGUGUCACAGACCUGGAAGGGGAUUUCGACUGGAUCCCAAGCCCCAUUCAAAUUCCAUUUUCCCUCAAUUGGCUAAGCCACUUCUGGGAGGGUUGGCUGUUUGUUCCCCCCUCUCUAUGAAGAUGCUAAAACUUCUGUAAAUAACACUAAUGAGGCAGCACUGGGUGAAGCAGGUUUUAUGGAAGGAUCUCUCAUCCUGAUUCUGAGUUAUGAGAUGUAACCUACUCUGGAAUUUCCCUUUACAUGAAAAUGAAAGUGUCUUCUACCUCUGUGUGAUACGGGUUUUCUAUCUUUCAUGAAGGCUUCUUGGUCAUAUAACUGCGUGUUAGUUUUGUUUGACAGAAUGUAGCUCAGAUUUAUUGGGAAAUUUCAGACAAAUGACCAUCAGUCUUUAGUUCAGGUUUGUUUUUCCCCCGUCCCUGCAUGAUGACAUAGAGAAAAGUCAAAUACAGUUCAGUCAACAGGAGAGAAUACUCCAAGCUGUUGGACAUAUUAAAGAAACAAUCGUUUGUUUAAAUCUCCACUCUGAAAAGGUGAACAGCAGCAGACCCCAAACGGUUCAACUGACGGAAGUAAGUGCACAUGGUCACAGGGUAGUUCAAUUGUUUAAGUCAGUAUUAUCUCAGAUGAUCCAGGGAUAGAAUUCCAUAGCAAGUGAUCUGGAACUAGGCAAAAUGCCCAGGUGUUUGAUUCCCAAAGCAUUUGUGACCCAGUCCCUACAGGAGGUUACUUCUGAAGAGAUCUCCUAGCUAAUCCCAAAAUUUGGGAAAUGCUGUGAUGAGAUGUAUUAACCCUGAACUGGCACUGCUAGGGUUAACUGCACUAUGUGGGCUGAAGAGGCCACACCCCCUCACCCUCUCUGGGCAUGCUCCGACUGGAGACAGAGUAUAAAAGGGAGCAGCUCAGCUCAGCCUGGGUGGACUAAGGAGGAGAACAAACCUAUGUUGUUGGCUCCUCCCAGGAAGCUGCUGGACCCCGAGGCUGCAGCGUCCAGCCACGCUGAGGCCCCUGCAGACACCCAGUCGACUGCGAAGAUUGGCCGAGACACUAGAUGCCGGGAGAUUACUGACGCUGGAAGUAAGAGUGGGAAGUGACUCAGGGAACGGGACUAUUGCAGUGAGCGAUCAAGCCUGGACGCAGAAGUAUUGGUUCCUCAAGGCCCUGGGUCAGUACCUGGUGGAGUAGAGUGGUCCCAGGUCCCUCUACCCCACACUGCACCCACCACUGGAUGGAGUCACCACCUGAAAACAAGCUGUCUUGACCCAAGGAACAGAUUUCUUUCCCCCCCCCCCCCAACCCCUGCCUUCUUCCUUACUCAGCCACACACCCUGCCACAGGAUGUAUCAACCCCAUGACACUGUCCAUAAUGAUGGAGAUGUGGAGGAAACAGAAGUGGUGUUUUUGUUGAACUCACCAUUUGUGGGUGAUAUAACUGUUUGUAGGAUGAAAUCAGUGUUGAAUGUGAGAUGGCUGCAGAAAAAUAGCUAUUUUUUUUAAUAGAAACCGCAUCUCUGUUAUCCUACAGAGAUUCUGAUCCAGGCCUGGAUCUAAUCCCUAACCACAGCUGUACUCAGGGGUUCACUGGUGGAAAGGGGGAUUAAAAGAAAACUAACACGUAUGAGAAGAAUCUUUAAGCGUUGAGUAUUUAUUGUUACCAAUGAGAUUGAAAUUAAACACACAGUUACUCUUUAAUGAAGAAGAGACUUAAUUAUGUGAUCAACUAAAUUAUAUUUUUCUUUUUGUUAGUAAUAUAGGAAAUGGGGGCUAAUCCUGAAAAGCUUCUUUGAUGUAACUUACCCCUUUUGGCCUAAAAUGUCCUGAUGUAAAACCUCACUCCAAAGGUUGGGGUGGGGGAAUGCGUGUGAGAAAUACCAUAGAGGAGAAAACUGACCCAGUAUCAAUUUUUAUGAUUUGUAUUUCAAAAGGAACUUAUUUUAAUUAGCUUCAAAGUCAA